GAGUCUGAGGAGAGCAUCUCUGGGGACACUUGGCCUACUAGGAGUGGGACCUUGGUGAGUGGUACGUGCAACAUAUUACUCAGACAGCAAGUCCUGCACACACACACCCUCCAACUUCCACCCCAGCUGUGGGUGAGGCCUUUUCUCAUACCCUCUCUGAAUUCUGGGACUAUAAAUUCCACUAAUCCUUGAGUUUUUCAGAUAGUAUCAGCAGUGCCUGAAACCCAACCUGUUGCUUACUCACAUCCUGACAAUCAGCUGCAGACUGCCACGACGGAGGAGCUCCUGACUUGUGCUCCGGAGAGACAGUAGCACAGCCAGGGCUGAUUCAGCAAGAAGCUGCCUAGGCGCCACCACCAUGCUCCGGGCAGCUAUCUGGUUCCCUUGGGGCCUGUUUCGUCCCAGCCCUGGGCUCUCGGUGAGAAUGACCAGCAGCACAAUAACCCAGAAGGGCAUCCUGGCCAAUCGAGUAGCUGUGGUCACCGGUUCCACUUACGGGAUUGGCUUUGCCAUCGCCCAGCGCCUGGCCCAGGAUGGAGCCCACGUGGUGGUCAGCAGCCGAAAGCAGCAGAACGUGGACCAGGCCGUGGCCACGCUGAAAGGGGAGGGGCUGAGCGUGACAGGCACUGUGUGCCACGUGGGGAAGGCGGAGGACCGGGAGCGGCUGGUGGCUACGGCCCUAGAACACUGUGGUGGCAUCGACAUCCUGGUGUGCAAUGCAGGCGUCAACCCUCUGGUGGGGAGCACUUUGGGGGCCAGUGAGCAGGUCUGGGACAAGAUCCUGGAUGUGAACGUGAAGGCCCCAGCCCUGCUGCUGCGCCAGCUGCUGCCCCACAUGGAGAACAGGGGGGGCACUGUCAUCCUGGUCUCUUCCAUUUCAGCUUAUGAGCCACUUGCGGAGCUGGGUGCCUACAUUGUAAGCAAGACAGCCCUGCUGGGCCUCACCAGGACGCUGGCACUGGAGUUGGCCCCCAAGGACAUCAGGGUGAACUGCCUGGUUCCAGGAGUGAUUGAGACCAACUUCAGCAAAGUGGUACGGAAGAACAAGACUUUUUGGAACAACUUCAAGGAAAAUCAUCAGCUGCAGAGGAUUGGGCGUCCUGAGGACUGUGCCGGACUUGUGUCCUUCCUGUGCUCUCCAGAUGCCAGCUACAUCACCGGGGAGAACAUUGCUGUGGCUGGCUUCUCCUCUCGUCUCUGAGUGGGUGGGGAUGAUGGUGCAGUUGUGGCUCUGGACCAGCAGCAGGAGAUCAUCUGGGUCUGGGGAUAGAAUUUGCAGCUCUGCCAGACUAGCAAUUUGGGAGCUCGCUUGUGCUAGGCUUGAGGAAGAAGAAAAACCCUUUAGUGUCUGUAUCCUCAGGACUCCUCGGUAUGACUAUGGUAGAUUCUACUAAUCCAAUCAGCAUUCGGGCUGGGCUCUCGGGUGUGGGGCUCUCUGUGUGGGGCUGUGGUGCUUAAGGAUUUUAUGUGGCUGAUGCUUUGAUGGAGCCUUAAGAGAAAGAAGAGGCUCAGGCACCUGAAUGAUUCCAGUUCUUUAAUCCUGUAAUUUGUGAUUUAAACAUUUCUUUCUUAAA